UAAUACAAAAUAAAAAGGUGAUCGUAAAUGUCGUUCUGAGAACUCAUGGCACCCCCUAAUUCCUGGUAGGGUUUAAAGGACUCUGAUAUAGGUUCGCUCCGAGUUUUUUUUCUCUUCCUCUCUCUACACCUUCGAAGUUCCAGAACAGAAAAUGGCGUCCUUCUGCAGAUCAGCUCUAAUGGCGUGCUCUCGCUCCAUCGCGGCUCGCUCCAAAGUUGUCUCCCCAAAAUCCAUUAAUUCUAUACCAAUUUCCUCUCCAUUUUCCUCGGCCUCCGGAACAAUUCCUCGAGCUUCACGGAUAAUUUCCGCUUUGGGAAGCGUCGAGUCGUUGAUGCCGCUUCACAGCGCAAUCGCUUCCGCUCGGCUCAAAUCCAACAUCGCCGUCGAUUCCGCCUGCUGGAGCUGCCUUUCUCAAGGACUUGCAUCACCAUUUUGACAAGGCCCCGCCGACUGUAUGAGACAAUAAAUUUCCUUCCGUGUCACUAUGUGAAAGACAAAAAGAAUGUUUCGAUAACUGAAAAUUGGACUUUGUAUCCUGCAACUUAUAUGAACUUGUUGAUGAGUUACUUCCGAAUUGAAAUUCUUGUAAUUUCGGGUUUC